AUGUCCCCAAUCUCACAACAAAACCUCUCAGCCGCAUCGAAUAUCCUCCACAACCCUGUCUCCAGCAAAGUUGACGUAGGACUUCCUAACAGCAUGCGUCUCAAAACAUGGGGAAAGGAUUUGAAGUCCCGUCUCAGAACCAAAACGACGUCUUUGGCUUCAGUAUCACCUCCAAUCGCAAUCCGUCAGCAUAGUGGAAACCAGGCCCAGGAACCUCCCCACCCUCAAGAUUUAUGGCAAUCUGCGUAUGAUCAGCUAGGCCGGAAGGAACAACAGGCUUUGUCAACAUCUGAACUAAUCCCUGCCCAAAUACGAAGCAAUCAGAACGGACAUUCCCCAACAGAGGCUAUAAUUGAGGGUGUCAUUCAGAAGACUAAACAACAAUAUGAAGAAUGCCAAAAUGGGGCCUUGAAAAUCCGGAGAUCCACGGGGGAGGAUAUCAAUCUUCGAGAACUGUCACGCAACAUAAUUGAUGCGGCGUUAUCCUUCAAGGAUAUUAUCAGUGCGGUGGUAGCCUACGAUCCGACUCAAUACGCAGCAAGUGCUUGGGCUGUUGUCUCACUUGGUUUGACUAUGACUAAAAACCGCUUUGACCUGCGCGAUACCUUAUUUGACUCUGCAGAGUAUCUGGCAAAUGUUCUUGCCCGGUGUGCCUAUAUUGAGAAAGGCAUCUACCGCAACGAUGCAUGGAAAAAUGCCGAAAUAGCACGCGCUAUCAUUGGAGUUUAUAAAGCCAUCCUCCACUAUGCGGCAGAGGUGUCAACUGCUCAACAGCCCAGUAUGGGAAGGUGGAUACAGGACACUGUUACCGGAUUCACCAAGCAACGCCUCCUCGACCUCCAAUCCUCGGUCAAAGAAGAAGAGCAUUAUCUGCAUCAAUGGGUUCAGAUGGAUCAGCACUUGCGCCAUAAUGAACAAGCGGAGCUUCUUAUCAGCCAAUGUGACAAGAUGAUAGAGUCUGUUCAAGGGCUCAUCCAGCGUUUCAGCCUACCCAUUGCAGAAGGCGCGUUUUAUGAUUCCUAUGACAGUCAGCAUGAAGACAAAUGUCUUCCAGAGACCCGAACUGAGAUUCGUCGCCAGAUUACAGAUUGGGUUGCGUCGCCCGACGGGAAAUGCAUAUUUUGGCUAAAUGGCAUGGCAGGGACUGGGAAGUCAACCAUUGCCCGCACCGUUGCACAGUCCUUUAAAGAGAAGGGGCUACUGGGCGCAAGUUUCUUCUUUAAGAAGGGCGAAGCAGAACGUGGCAAUGCGAAAAGAUUAAUAUCAACGGUCGCAAAACAAUUGAUCACCAGCACGCGUCAGUUAGUGCCAGGCAUCAUGGCCGCGAUUCAAAACGAUCCACAUAUUUCCUCGAAAUCCCUUAACGAACAGUUCCACAAGCUUCUCCUUGAGCCACUAGUCAAUCUAAGGUUAGAUGAGCCUACGUCUACAGUGAUUGUGAUUGACGCUUUAGAUGAGUGCGAGGAAGAGGAUAUAAGACUCCUUUUAGAUCUCCUACCACAGGUAGAUCAAUCCAAAUCUCUACGCGUACGGAUCUUCUUGACAAGCAGACCUGAGCUUCCAAUCCGGCUUGGUUUUCAGCAAGUUCUAGAACAUCAGGACUUGGUGCUUCAUGAGCUUCCCACUCCAGUGAUUGAACGUGACAUAAGGCUAUUUCUCCAAGAUCGACUAGGUAAAAUACAGAAGGAGCAUUCAUUGCCCCCUGGUUGGCCGGGUGAGGAUACUAUGGAGAUUCUACUAUCUCGAUCGCUUCCUCUGUUUAGCUUCGCAGCUACAAUGUGUCGCUUCAUUGGAGAGAAAUAUCAGAUACCCGAGGACCGUCUUGACGCAGUUCUCAAUGAUUCGGCAUCUACAUCUGGCUCGCAGAUGGAAAGAAUAUAUCUGCCGAUCCUGAACAAACUGCACAGGGAGAUGGAGACGACCAACUUUGCACAGGAGAUACAGGAAGUACUGGGAGUCAUCAUUCUGUUGGCAGCCCCCCUUUCCGUUCAAGCUCUCGCAGGGUUCAUUAAUAUCCCUGAAAGGAGAGUUCGCUCUCGUUUAGCCGCGUUUCACUCUGUACUUAGAGUGCCUAGCAACGGUGAAGCCCCAGUCCGCACGCUGCAUUUAUCCUUCCAGGAAUUCCUUCUCAACACAAAUAGUAUUUUCCAUGUCAACGAGAAGGAAUCACACAAGAAGAUAGCAUUAUAUUGCCUUUCCACUAUGAACUCUAGCCUCAAACAGAACAUCUGCGGUCUGCCAAGCUAUGGAACUCAGCGAGCAGAUAUCGACCGUCACAUUAUUAACAAGUCCCUUCCAGCAGAGUUGCAAUAUUCCUGCCGCUACUGGGCAUACCAUAUCAAGCAGGGCGAGGACCAGGUACAUGAAACAGAAGUUCUUCUAUUUCUAAAACGACACUUUCUUCACUGGUUGGAGGCCAUGAGUUUGAUGGGGGUAAUGUCGGAGGUGGUCAAUAUAAUAAACACACUACGGCCAACAGCACAAACCGACCAGCGUUCUGAGCUUUCAUUAUUCUUGCAUGAUGCCAAGCUGUUUGUACUGAAAAGUAUUUAUAUCUCCAACGACUUUCCACUCCAGUUAUAUUGCUCGGGGCUUGCCUUCUGGCCGACGUAUAGUAUUAUUCACAAGGCUUUUCAAGAAAGCCAAAGAUGGGUAUAUAUCUUACCACAGCUUGAGAGUUCAACGAGCGCAGACCGACAAAACAUGAAGGGCCAUUCUGACACGGUUCAACCUGAGUCCUUCCCACUAAAUGGUCAGAUCACCUCCGCAUCCAAGGAUAAUCCCGUUAAAACCUUGGACCAUUCCAAUUCUAUUGUGUCGGUGACAUUUUCGCCAGACGGAGAGAUGGUCGCAUCUGGCUCUAAGGAUAAUAUUAUCAAGCUCUGGGAUCCCAAAACCGUUGAACAGCUGCACAUCUUAGACGGCCAUUUUGACUCGGUUGUGUCAGUAGUAUUUUCACAUGACAGUCAGAUACUCGCCUCUGGCUCGUAUGAUCAUACUGUUAAGCUCUGGGAUAUCAAGAGCUGUCAACAGCUGCGCACUCUCCACGGUCAUUCCGACUCAGUUGUGUCUGUCGCCUUCUCACCCGAUAGCCAGAUCAUUGCCUCAGGCUCCGAUGAUAGUACCAUCAGGCUGUGGGACGCCAGGACUGGUCAGCAGCUACGUACAUUAAAGGGCCACUCCGACUGGGUUCAAUCAGUGGCAUUCUCACCAGAUGGUCAGAUAGUGGUCUCCGGUUCCUAUGAUAAUACCAUUAAGCUCUGGGAGACCAAGACGGGUCAGCAGCUGCGCACUCUUGAAGGUCAUUCUAGCCUAGUUGCCUCGGCUGUCUUCUCGCCAAAUGGCUACAUGAUCGCCUCCGGCUCCUACGAUAACACGAUCAAACUGUGGGAUACCAAAACUGGCCAGCAUCUCCGGACCCUAGAGGGCCAUUCCGGACUAGUCCGGUCGGUCGCCUUCUUGUCAGAUAGUCGUAUAGUUGUCUCUGGCUCCUAUGAUAGCACUAUUAAACUCUGGGACACUGAAACCGGUGAGGAAAUGCGGACCAUACAGGGCCAUUCUGGCCCGGUUCGGGCAGUAGCGCUUUCACCGGAUAGCCAAACAAUUGCCUCUGGUUCUUAUGACAAUACUAUCAAGCUUUGGGACGCCCAAACCGGUCAACAGCUGCGCACGCUGGAGGGCAAUUCAAGCCCGGUUGUCUUCGCAGAGGAUGUUCAGCUGGUCCAGUCAAAUUCCCUGCUAUCUGUGGAGGAUGGCUGGGUAACCUUUGCAGGUGAGAAGGUAUUGUGGCUACCCUUCGAUCAUCAGCAAUUUUCCUCUUCCGUCGCCAAAGAAAAUACACUUGCCCUAGCGUAUCCAGAUGGACGAGUGUGUUCCAUGGAGUUUCGUGCACCUGCCGUGUAG